CGAACGCACCACCAGAAAAACCCAAGAACGGAGAGAAAAAUUAAUGUUUUUAUCGUCUGUAUGAAUUUAUGGGUUGAUUUUGCAAUGAAAUUGUUUCCUCUUAUGGCGUAAGUGACGUGAUCUUCACUGAAACUAAGGAGUUGUUACACAAUGCUUAGUUAUUGGGUAUCCAGUAUCACCAGUAACUUGAAGGCUGCCAGAUUGGACGAUGUCUAACAGCCAUGGCAAAUCUAGUCUUUGGAAGAAGCAAAAGUGAUAUUGUUAGCACCGUCAGUCAUCAUGGCAACAACCACACGGGGAAACAAUACUACCACCCAUGGUAAUGUUGGCUGCAGUGAUGGGAGUGCCAACGGCAAUGGAAGCAACAAACAAGAGCGGGUCGUGUGUGAUAAUUCUGUUGUUCCUCCUGUGUGUGAAGCAGGCAGGGUGGGUUCUGAAGGUGGCAGGGGAGUUGGCAACCUUACAUCCACUUACCAAGCGCACAGACAAGUGGCAGGGGGAUGCAGAAGUGCAGCUGCGGCUCAAACUACCUACCAUCAUGGAGGAGGAGAAGCUGGAGGAGGUCCGAGCAAUAAUGGGGGAGUGGCUGUGUCCUCUGCCUACCAUGCAGGAAGUGGUAGCACCACAGGGCAAGAAGGAGAUGCAGCAGGAGCAGAUGGUGCUGGAGGUGCUGCUGCAGGAGGAGCAGCAGGAGUGGUGGUGGUGGUGGUAGUUCCUCUGCAAUUCCAACCACUUACCAUGAUGGAGGAGCAGGAGGAGGAGGUGGCAACGUGACAAUUGCUGCCAGUGGGAGCGGUGUUACAAACAACACAUCCUCAAGCUAUCACAUGGCUCAUGGAGGAGGAGGAGGAGGAACAGUAGCAACAGGUGCAACAGUAGGAGGAACCAGCACGGGGAAUGGAGCGUCAACUGGGCAAGUUAAUGCCACAACCAGUUACUAUUACACGCCCAUAUUGAACUCUCAGCAGACCCUCCUUAGGCCAAUCAUGACAGCACAGCCGCCUCUCUACUCGCCCCUCCUUCCACCUCAGCAACACACUUAUGCCAUGCCCCAUGCAUCACCCUCAGCUGGCUCGACAUAUUUUGCAAACCUGAGUGAGAGCAUGCGAGGAGGGCUAAGUGAAAUGAUCCCAGGCACAUCAGACAGCCUCUACAAGGAAGUGGGACAUCUGGGAAGACAAGGCCAGGGAACAGGCAUCACCCACUCCUCAAAGCCUUGUGAUGGCUCCACUGACCCUCGGCAGUAUACCAUGGAAGUGUGCCAGAGGAGACUACCUCAGGAGGGAGUUUACAAUGGUGGGUCCUACCCAUCAUGUGGUGGGGAAGUGACGAGGCCCAGCCACACUACUCAUCAUGAGCAGAGGGCAGCCUAUGAGGACUAUUCUCGGAUGGGGGUUUAUACAGAGGAUGGCAGUGGGAGGGGGUGGGAGGGGAUGGGAAAUUGUGGCACAUCUCGGUCUACUGCUGCUGCCAACCAUACUACCCACCCCUACACUUAUUCCUAUACUGAUUGUCGUCUGGAUGCAGCCUGGAACAAAUGUGUGGCUGGAAUGGGCAUUGGUGGAGCGAUGGCUGGAACCAGUGGAGAGAAUUUCCCGUCACAGGAGCACCAGGUGGACUCCCCUCAAGUGAAGAGCACUGCGCGGGGCACCACCAGCCACACCCUGGCCGUUAAUGUCAAUAUGGGGAUGCCCUCUGGGGAUGCCUCAAUGACUCGCUCCCACUACGAUUAUCAGCCCUUGCCAGGGGCUCAAAUUCCUCCCUUUCUCCCUUAUCUCACGCCUUUGAACUAUCAGCAAGUAACCGAAGUUGUAGACAGACGGGUUGAAACACGUACUGAUCAUAGAGCAGUAAAUCGUUCAGAUGUGCAGAACUGUGCUGGACAAGGAGCUUCAACAAGUUCCCGUCAUCUUGAACAGGCAGCAGCCCCUUCAGAGAAGCAUGUGGUCCACUCUUUACCACCAGCAGGCAAUGUAGCUCCACCGAUGUCCCAUACUCAGCCCACAGACACCCAGAGGAAUGUCAGUGGGCACAUCAGUACAACAGCAGGCUCUCACAACACACACCAGGAGUGUCUUGGGCAGAACAAGAACAUUGUGGUGGACCAAGUUCAGUCGUGCACUCAUAUGAAUCUCAAGAAGAAGACCUCGGAAGCAGGCACUGACAAUCAGCUGUGUGGCUCAUGUAGUGGAGGAACUACUAUAGCAGAGACCCAGCAGGGAACCAUCAGUAAUGCGAGCAUGAUUGGCAGUGGUGUUCUGGUUGUCCCAGCAGAAGGAGUGAUACCGUGUCCCAUUGAGUCAUUGGUUGCUGCUGUAGCCAAGAAUGAACCAUCAACUUCCUUCAAAAAGAAACGAGCGGAAGAGGAGGAUUCCAUGACUAGUGGAGGCGAGGGACUCGUGUGCCUGGUUUGUGACCUUGUCAUAGAGGGAACAAGCAGCCACCAUGAUGGGGGACAGAGAGGGACAGCGUCUUGUGAGGAAACAGUUGCCGCUUGCUCUAUUGAUUCUCUGGCAACAGUCAUGUCCAAAAUGAGCGUGGGAGACAAACUUGGCAGCUUGGUGGGCACUGUGCUGCCUCGUCACCUGUUGCACUCCACAGCCAUCUGCAGCAAGUGUUUCCAUCUCAUCAAUGAACUGGAAAUUUUGGAACACAGAUUGUCUUUGUAUAGGAAAUAUCUCAGCACAAAAGUUGAGGCAUCCUGUGAGAAGCAUGGUGUCAGGCUUAGCACAUACAGGCAGCUACAACAGCAACAACAACAAGAACACCAACAACAUCAGCAGCAUCACCAUCAUCAUCCAUCACCACAUCAGCAUCAACAACAACAGCAUCAACAGCACCAGCACAACACACAACACCAACAGCAGCAGCAACAACACAACAACAACAGCACAACAACAACACAACAACAACAACAACAACAACAACAACAACAACAGCAGCAGCAACAAGCAGCAGCAACAGCAACAAGCAACAGACACAGCACACACAACACCAGCAGACCCACCACCAGCUCCUACAAUACCAGACUGUGCAGCUGCACCAUCAGCAUCCACACCAAGGCACAGCUCCCACAGGACCAGACUGGUCACCAGUUGCAAGGGAUGCAGCUCCAACAUCAGCAACAGCAACAUCACCACAUUCCAGUUGUAGCUCUCCACCAGAUGCCACAACAGCACCACCACCAAAUGCACCAGCAUUUGCAACAUCAACAACACCUCCUAGCUGAGCAGCACCUUCAUCAGCAGCAUCAACAACAACAACAACAACAACAACAGCAACAACAACAACACCAUCAACAACAACAACAACAACAACAGCAACAGCAGCAACAGCCACAGCAGAAUCACAUUGCAAUUCAUCACCAGCAACAGCAAAAGAAUCAUGUGAAUCCAAUCAUAAAUUCAACAGUGGCUCAGCUGGAGCAACCUCAACAACAGCAGCCUCAACAGCAGCAACCCCAGCAGCAGCAGCAACAGCCUCCAUCACAACAAGCUCAACCACAAUCACAACAGCCCCUCAGCAAGCCCGCCACCAACGACAACACUUUGGUCUUUGUUGACUGUGAUAUAGACAUUGAAGAUUGUGACUGCAACCUCAUAAGUGAUCCUCCUGCCUCAAUCAAAGACACAUCUCAUGAAGAGGAACUGCAAGAGUGCUCAGAUAUGGUGGAAGAAGAAGAGCCUAAGAUCUCUAGCUCAGAAGUCAGUCAGAUUACGUCCCCAGAGUCAGUGGACAUAGGCUCCGUUGGCAGUGUUUGCCAACAGAAGGAGGACAUAGGAAUCCACAGCGAAGAUGUUAUUGACGAGCCUCCGGACAGCCACAGCCAAGAACAGACGAGUGGUCAAGGAUACAUUACUGUUGAAACACCGGAAAACAAUGAAGCUGAGAGCUCACCAAUCGUGUCCUCAACUGUUGUGCGAGAUGAACCAAGGAAAGUAGAGGAAGCCACUGAAUAUCACAAACCUACUCUGUUGGCUAAGAAUGUCAAAAGCAAAAAACAUGCAAAGUUGCAGAUUUGUCGUCAGUGUGACCAGGUGUUUUCAAACCGUCAAGCACUAGUCAGACACAUUGAACGAAGGCAUAAAGCUUAUGCUUUUCAUUUUAGCUGUGAUACAUGUCGUAAAAAAUUCAGUUCUGAGAGGGCACUUACCAGACACGUUCAGCUUCACAAGACAUACCCAUGUAAAUUAUGUGAUAAUAUAUUCUUCAGGAAAGCUAAACUCAAGAAACACCUGGAAGAUCAUACACAAGACAGCUUGGCUUGUAAAGUGUGCUCAAAAGAGUGUACAUCUCUCCAGGCUCUUAUAUCUCAUAUGAAAACUCAUACACAGAAAAAGAAAGUAAACAAAUGUAAUGUGUGCUCCAAAAUAUUUGCAAACAACAGGAACCUGAAAGUGCACAUGAGAACUCACACAGGAGAGAAACCAUUUGAUUGUGAGAACUGUGGACGGAGUUUCAGCCACCGUAGCAACAUGCAAACACACCAUGAUACCUGUACCGGUCAGUUCAGUCAUAGAUGUCAGAUAUGUGGAAGAGGUUUUGCUUUGGAGUCUGUUUACCGCAGACACCUGGCUGAACACGAAGGGCAUUACGCCCAUCAUUGCUCUAUUUGUGGCAGAGGCUUUAGCAAAGCUUCUGGCCUACAAGCUCACUUAGCCACACACAACAGUCAGAGACCUACUUAUUCCUGUCAGGUUUGUGGUCAGACUUUGUCAACACCAUCUAGCUAUGCUUCACACAUGGCCAGCCACACAGGUGAAGGUGGAGCAGUAUGCCCUGUUUGUGGCAAAACUCUGGCUAGGCGAGCUGAUCUCCAGGACCACCUGCAUCGUCACACAGGAACCAAAACACACACCUGCUCCCUCUGCAGUGCAACCUUUUAUUAUCGCUCUAACCUCAAUCAUCAUGUAAGGACAACCCAUAGACUGUUAAGGCCUCAUACCUGCACUUUCUGUGACAGAUCCUUUGCCUCUAGUUAUAAUUAUAAGUUGCACCUUCGCACACAUACAGGUGAAAGGCCCCAUCAAUGCAAGUCCUGUGGGAAGGCUUUUACUACUAAAGCUAAUUAUAAUAGGCACCUAAAGUGUCACAUGACCCAGGCAAUGGCUCCUCUUGGUGCUGAGACAGAAUGAGUGCCAUAGUAUUAUCUAGCUCCAAAAUUUUCUUUGUGAAUGUCUUAAAACAUAUGUAUUUGGCACAAAGCUCUGUAAAUGCUACAUUGUUCUCAUAUCAAAUCACCUUUGGAAUAUUAUCAAUUUUCUUACUUUGAUAACAGAAAUAAUCGAUGACCAAUUUACAAAAUUUAUUUGUAGUAUGUAAUUUAACAUCAUUAUUUCAUACUAUAUGCUUAGUUAUUUCUUAGUCAUAUAUUAGACAUCUGCUGUAUACCAGGAUACAGUACAGCAUUUAGAAAUACUGAACUCUUGUUUUAUAUCUAUAAAAAUUGUACAUCUGUGAUACUAGUGGUAGGUAAACCUCUGUUUUGAUGUUAUUUCAGUUUGCUGUUAUUUUUAUUCCUGUACAUGAAGGUUCUGAAAUGUCAUGGAAUAUGUUGGGUAAUUGGAUUUCAAAUAUUUAUACAUUGGUUACAUUUGUCUUCCAGGAAUUACUAGUCAUGACUGAAUAAAAUAUGGAAAUAUUGUUUAUAAUUUGUUGCCCCUUAUAUAACAGGAAAAAUUAUUCUUUUGUGAUUGGAAAUACACAUUUAGAGACACCAUCCAGGUGCAGAGAAUGUGAUUAUAUUUUUAGUUACCAAUAAAAAAAGGCCAAUGGUAUAAUA